GUUCCAAUUGUCAAACCAAAACUUUUGUAUUCAACCUUGGAACUUUAAACCUCAUCAUCAUUCGCCCAGAAAAUAUAAAAAAGCCGCUAGGGUCGACAAUUUAUAUUUCCGAACUACCGAACUAUAUCAGCACAGAUCGAUAAUAUCAAAGCCGGUCUUCUUGAAGUUCUCGUUUCGGUCAAUGCAAUUCUAACCCAGCAUGCCGAUUUGUAGCGGUCGUCUUCCUUGAUGGAACGUGACAUAGCCUUUCGCUUUGUCAAUCAAAAUCUGAUUCACUUGUGCAAGUCGACAGCCUGACAAAACAAUGGAAACUAUCUUCAACAUCCUUUUUUGAAAAGGUAACAUUGUUUUGCCAUUAUAACCCGUCCACUACCCGUCCGCUACUUCUUGUUAUCUCGACAUCCCUCGCAUCAACAUUGGGAAUUCUAACAUCGACUUCGUUCGCGCCCAUCAUCCUGCCCGUUUUCCUGUCCUGGAUCUUUACAUCUUCCUCUAUCAUAAUUAUGGAUUUGGCUCAGAAUUUGGUGCGCACCGUCGCGCGCGCCUUCUACACCGGUCCCGAUGAGAGAAGGUUGAUACUUAUUGUUGACGCCUUAGUCCUUCAUACUACCGUAAAGGAUAGUGACUUAUCUUACCUUAUGGCGUUGAAUCCAAAGGACCUCAACAAGUCUUAUGGCAGACUCAAGGAUGAUCACCUUUUGCGAUCUCACUCCCGUCAGGAGCUAGUAACGGGCAAAGAGAAACCAGUUGCCCGCACAUAUUUUUAUAUCGACUACCGACACGCCAUCGACGCCAUCAAGUACAGGACGUUCCUACUCGAUAAAAAAGUUCAAGGUGACGCUGUACCCCAAGCAGAAAAGAAGGUCUACUUCUGCAAGCGUUGUACAUCGGAGUGGACUCAAAUGGAAGUCCUGGAUAACAUGGAUCCGAUGCGAGGCUUUAUGUGCCAUAAAUGCGGUAGUAUCCUAGAAUUCGACCCCGAACGACAAGCGGGCGGCCACGAGUUGUCCACUCGACUAAACAAUCAGCUCAAGUUCAUCUUAGAUGUCCUACCGAAGCUUGACCAAGUCGUUAUUCCCGAGUUCGAUUUCGAUACUGCCCUUGCGGCGUCUCUCCCUGUGGUGCGUCCAAAAGGUAACGAGGCUGCCGAAUCUGUGGCCCUUCCGGAUGCCAAGCCUACUUCCGUAAAAGGCAUGGCGAACACCGGCCCUCAAAAGAUUGAAGUAGACAUCACAGAUAUGGAUGGUCCUACUGAGGCCGAGAAGGAGGCCGCGCGCACCCAGAAGGAAAAGCUUGCUCUGCAGAAUGCCCUUCCUUCGUGGCAUACCACUAGUACCGUCAGCGGUAUAUCGUAUUCUGGAAGUUCCAACUCUGCCACGGCAGUCAAGGCUGACGAAGUUGAUACUAAGAAGCCUGACGCCUCUACCGACGACGUUGCUCACGAGCAAGAAAUGGAUGAGCUCUACAAGUCCUUGCAGAGGUCUCAGGAGGAGGCUGCUCGACGCGCGGCGGAAGAAGAGUACGAAGAUGAUGAGGAUGCCGAGAGUGGAGGUGAAGAAUUCGUGGAUAUUUCCGCGAAUGCCAGCUCUAUUGGCGAGAAGCGAGCCGCGUCAAGCGGUCCCACUAGUGCCGCGGACACUCCAGCUUCGGAUAGGCCGUCCAAGAAGGCGAGAAUUGAAGAACCAGCCAACGGUGGCGAUAGCGAAGAUGACGAUGAUCUGCAGUUUGAGGAUGUCUAAAUAUUUACGAUGGCCAUGGGCGGCGGUGAUACCUCUAGAUUCAUGCGCACGAGGUUAUGUGGGUGAGAGACUAUGGGACUAAGGAACCUAGGGAUUAAAGGGAGUGCGGUCUUUCGUGAUUGCGAUAACCUAUGUACAGGAGGGCUUAGCAUAGCAUUGCAUGGUCUUUCUCAGGUAGACCUAGACGGGUGGGCGUCCAAAAAGGGUUGGCAACAGUCGCAUUGCAAAUCAGAGU